UUAGUGGAGAAGUCCCGCAAUAGAUUUCUCUGUUUUCAGUACCAUGCCAGUCGGCUCCCGUGCCGCGCUGCCAAACACACUUGCGUUACGGUGUCCCACUUGGCUCAUAUCAAGACGAAGCUGGACAGUUGGCUUGUAAAGCUUGCCCCGAGGGAACGUUCACUCAGUAUGAGGGUGCACACUCUCAAAGGAGUUGUCUCGCUGUUUGUGGUAAUGUAUGUACAGCCUAAAGUGGAUUGGCUUUCGUUUGCCAAUUUAUUGCCCGCGCACACGUUCUCUGGACCACCAGAUAGCUGGUAUGAUUUGCAAGUUGUCCUCUCUUCUCGCUUGUGUUGCGCGCAGAACGCACUAAGCUUCUGCAACCUGGAUUACGCGAAGGUACACACACUCCAGGUGUUCAAGAAGUGUAUCCCAUGCCCCUUGGGGCACCUCACACCGGCCGCGACUACGUUCCGAGAUAUACGGCUCGACUCGGUUCGAGUGGUCCAUCUUACUGCAAACAACCAUGUCAGCCAGGAACGUUCAGUUUGUCUGGACUGGAGCCUUGCUCUCCAUGUCCACUGCAUCAUUACCAGCCAGCUCUUGGACAGCAGCGGUGAGUCUAAAUCACUUUCCAGAUGUAAUCAAUGCUCCAAUCAUACGGCGACUUCAAGCGAAGGCCAGAGUGCCGAAUCAGCUUGUGAACCGGUGGACUGUGCUGCAAAACAGUGCGAGAAUAAGGCCGAAUGUGUUGUACGUGAUCAUCGCGCGGUGUGCGAAUGUCGUCCUGGAUUUGUUGGUGAACGAUGCGAAUUGAUCGAGCCGGUAUGCGACUCAUCCCCUUGUUUCAAUGGUGGAUCAUGUGAAGAGAUCGCCGGCACAUUCAGAUGCAUCUGCCCACAGAACUUCACCGGUUCUCGAUGCCAGUUCGGAAUGGACGAAUGUAUAGGCGUGUCAUGCCCGAAUGGUGGUGUUUGCCAUGAUUUACCAGGUUUUGGAACAACAAAAUGUCUAUGCAGGACCGGUUUUGCUGGACCCGAAUGUAAAGAAAUUGAAGAUAUAUGUUCGUCGGCGAAUCCCUGUCGCAAUGGUGCUGACUGUAUACCGUCUCAGCUAGGAAGAUUCAAAUGCAAAUGUCUACCAGGAUGGGAAGGUACCACAUGUGAAGUUCAAUAUAGAUUUAUUUGUACGUUAAGGAAAGUCAACACAAAAUAG